AUGAGGGCGCCCGCGCUGCUGCCGCCCGCGCUGCUGACCUGCUGCGGCUGGCUGCUCGCCCCAGUGAACAGCAUUCACCCGGAAUGCCGAUUUCAUCUGGAAAUACAGGAGGAAGAAACAAGAUGUGCAGAGAUUCUAAGGGCUCAAACAGAAAAAUUCAAAGGCUGCAGCGGCGUCUGGGACAACAUCACGUGCUGGCUCCCCGCGGAUGUCGGCGAGACUGUCACGGUGCCCUGUCCAAAACUGUUCAGCAAUUUUUAUAGCAAACCAGGAAACAUAAGCAAGAACUGCACCAGUGACGGGUGGUCAGAGACGUUCCCGGAUUUCAUGGAUGCGUGCGGCUACAAUGACCCCGAGGAUGAGAGCAAGAUCACGUUUUAUAUUCUGGUGAAGACCAUUUACACCCUGGGCUACAGUGUCUCUCUGAUUUCCCUUACAACCGGAAGCAUAAUUCUUUGCCUCUUCAGGAAGCUGCAUUGCACCAGGAACUACAUCCACCUGAACCUGUUCCUCUCCUUCAUCCUGCGAGCCAUCUCGGUGUUGGUCAAGGACGACGUUCUGUACUCCAGCUCAGGGACUCUGCACUGCCCCGACCAGCCGUCCUCCUGGGUGGGCUGCAAGCUGAGCCUGGUCUUCUUCCAGUACUGCAUCAUGGCCAACUUCUACUGGCUCCUGGUGGAGGGGCUGUACCUCCACACCCUCCUGGUGGCCAUCUUCUCCCCCAGCCGGCGCUUUGUGGCCUAUCUCCUGAUCGGAUGGGGCAUCCCCACCGUCUGCACAGGUGCGUGGACUGUGGCCAGGCUCUCACUAGAAGACACAGGUUGCUGGGAUACCAAUGACCACAGUGUUCCCUGGUGGGUUAUACGAACACCAAUUUUAAUUUCUAUUAUAGUCAAUUUCAUCCUUUUUGUUAGUAUUAUACGAAUUUUACUGCAGAAGUUGACAUCCCCAGAUGUCGGCGGCAAUGACCAGUCACAGUACAAGAGGCUCACCAAGUCCACCCUGCUGCUCAUCCCCCUCUUUGGAGUCCACUACAUGGUGUUUGCCGUGCUUCCCAUCGGGAUCUCCUCCAAAUACCAGAUACUGUUCGAACUGUGCAUCGGAUCCUUCCAGGGCCUGGUGGUGGCGGUCCUCUACUGCUUUCUGAACAGUGAAGUGCAGAGCGAGCUGAGGAGGAUGUGGCGGCGGACUCUGUGCCCCAGCCGGUCCUCCGGCCGGGACUGCAGGCUGCACAGCUGGUCCAUCUCGAGGAACGGCUCGGAGGGCACCCUGCAGGCCCCCCGCGGCUCCCGCGCCCUGUCCUUCCUGCAGACGGAGACCUCGGUCAUCUAG